AUGGUGAGGGGAAAGGUCAAGUUUCGAUCUAAUAGAGGUGGCCAAUCACGCGAAGGUGUCAUUACCUCAGAGUCCAGGCCCGUCUUAGCGCGCUUUGCAGGACGAGCAGUUUCGUCUGCUUCAGGUGUUGGCACGUAUCGACCAAUAGAGAGAGAGCCCGAUCUGAAUCUAUACCUCUGGACAGCGAUCGCCGGUUCGCUUGUGGCCGCCUGGCCACUUGUUUGCUCUUCCUUCUCGCCAGACGAACGGGAAUUUUUGGAGGAAAUGUCUGAAGGAUUAGACAUGGAUAGUAAUCUACGAAACAUUCCAGAGAAGAGCGACCCGUACUUGGUGACAGCCCCUGACCGUGCUGCCACCACUGUAACAGUUGGCUCGGUCUCCGAUUAUAAGCACCGA